AUGAACCCUCAAGACACUGCCGUUUGGCGCUGGCUUCGCGAUGUGCCUUGCGAAACGGUGGCUACCCCACCAGAUACAACGCCAUCUUCCCCGUCGAGUAAUUUGAAACGGAAAAGAAUUGUGACCGCCAGAUCCACGAGUCCAGCGAAACGCCAGAGGAUCCUUGAUGAUGCCAAUAAUGUGCACCCUGACCAAAGUGCGUCGGCGAUUGCGGUUACAGAGCUUACCGAAAGAACAAGGCUCUCCCAUCGGUCGCCUUCUAGCCCGUCGAAACGUGCAGUGAGUCCGAUUCGAGACUUGCUGAAUGAUUUGCGAGCAUCGAAGCCCGCUAUUUUCUGUGAAUUACCCUUUACGAUCGCCUUACCAGAGAAUGCCGCCGCUUUAUGCACCACCCUUACCCAAGGUCUACACGAACGGGUGAUCCCUAUUGGCCUGAAGGACCGAGUAUCUGCAUCUUUCCCCCUCAUGGCGAACGAAAUACCGAACUCUGCAUACGAUGAUACAGAUAAUUCAUCGGAUCGUGAACUGGACAUACUUUGGGAAACAAUCACGGAAAUCUUGACUGAGGCUCGGGCGUCUAGCCGAUAUCAAAAGGAUGAGAGUGCAUGGUGCACCAAGGUGGUCUAUCCCAUGCUCCACCUUGCAUGUAAGGGCAGUAUGCUAAAAGCGGAGAGCGUGUAA